AUGGCGUCUAAAGGUGCCUACAAGAGACUGACUAAAGAGUUUAUGCUGAUUCAGGCAUCUCCUACUCCGUUUAUUGUUGCAAAACCAUUGGAUAAUAAUAUUCUUGAAUGGCACUAUAUUUUGACUGGACCUCCUAAUUCGUUGUAUGAAGGAGGUCAGUAUCAUGGCAAGCUCAACUUCCCUUCAGACUAUCCAUACAAGCCUCCAAGUAUUAAGAUGAUGACACCGAAUGGUCGAUUUCAAACGGAUUUUAGGCUUUGUUUGACAAUGAGUGAUUAUCACCCAGGAAGUUGGAAUCCAGCAUGGUCUGUGUCGACCAUUCUUACAGGGCUAUUAAGCUUUAUGCUCGAGGACCAUGCAACCACAGGAAGUAUCACCACAUCAUCAGCAGAGAAACGGCAGUUGGCGAGCAAGUCCAAAAAAUGGAAUCUAAGCAGUCCCAAAUUUAAGGAGGUUUUUCCAGAGGUCUGCAGAGAAAUGGAGGAAGAAAUGAACGCCAAAGCAGCAGGACAAAAUCUCGACUCGUCCAAGUCUACCAAGUCCUUAUCAUCUGCACGAAUGAGUUCCUCAUCAUGCCAGCUGAGUCAACGACACAACUCUACUGGUGCUGUAGUAGGAUCAGCAAGAGGGAGUGAGACGGAGCCUGCAAGAUUGGUGGCAGCGCCUAGCAAAAAACCAUCGACUCCAUGGUCGUUUCGAUCACACACAAUAGGAGCAGUGAUUUUAUGCCUGGCAUUAUAUCUGAUCACAGUCAAGAUCUUUAGUCGAACACAAUAGCAUUCCAGACUGGCUGUAUAUGCAUGACUAAGAUAUGGACUAGUUUAACUUUGGAAAUAGAAGGAUGAAGCUGCUCCAAAAAGUUUAAACUCGACAUUUCGAUCGAGUCUAUUGCUAUCACCAGUUCAUCCCGCUUUUGCUACCCAGUAUCAUUAACUUCAUGCCAAAGUUUACUGUUUUCUGAAUGACCAUUGCACGACUACUGCCAAAUAAAACCACUUUUGAUUUACAAAUUGAG